CGCAGUAGCAGGGAGUUCCGGUCGUGGGCAGUUGCCUGAGCUGUCACGAGGAGAGGGGGGAAUUCGCGGGAAAUAGGUAAUCAUGGUUCUCACUAGUUUGGAGAAGAUGAUUGGACUCCAGAAAAAGCCUGCCAGUAUCAGGAAUAUCUGUAUACUGGCUCAUGUGGACCACGGCAAAACCACUCUAGCUGACUGUCUGAUAUCUAGCAAUGGAAUAAUCUCCAAUCGAUUGGCAGGAAAGCUGAGAUAUCUAGACAGUAGAGAAGAUGAGCAGAUCCGAGGAAUUACUAUGAAAUCUAGUGCUAUAUCACUGCACUUUGAAAAAGGUGAUCAGGAGUAUCUCAUUAAUCUGAUAGACUCCCCAGGGCAUGUGGAUUUCUCUUCAGAAGUAUCAACUGCCGUCCGACUCUGUGAUGGUUGUAUCAUAGUGCUGGAUGCUGUGGAAGGAGUCUGUCCACAG